GUCUGUAGCAGGGCCUGUGUUCUGCCUUGUCCCCUAGAUUUACAGUGAGGCCACAGGUCAGGGGACACUCAGCACAUCUGAGCACAGGUCAGAACUGUCCCAGCAGCCGAGGACUCCCUCUGUCACUGUGGGAAGAGGAAAGGAGGCACCGACCUCUUCCUCUUUCUGUGGGGCAUGAUGUAGACACCCCAGAGGGCCCAGCCAGCACAUCCUGUCCCCUGUGUCCUCUGUGGGGCCCAGCUCCAGACAGGGAGGCUGCAGGAGCCUGAGCCAUGGCCCCCUGCUCCAUUGUCCUCCUGGCCCUUGGGCUCUGCCUGGGCCAGGAGAUCCAUGCACAGGAGGGGGCCCUGCCCAGACCCUCCAUCUCUGCUGAGCCAGGCUCUGUGAUCCCCCGGGGGAGGCCCGUGACCAUUGUGUGCCGAGCCCCUGCUGGGUUUGAGGACUCUCGCCUGGAGAAGGAGGGAAGCUCCCAGAUCUGGGAUAAGAGGGCCACGUCGCCUUCUGAGCGAGAGGGCAGGUUCCUGUUCCCCUCCAUGAGUGAGGACACUGCUGGGCGUUAUCGCUGCCGCUACCUAAAGUCCACGUGGUCUGAGCUCAGUGAAGACUUGAGGCUGGUGCUGAGCAGGGAGGACGUCACCCAGGUCACCACCUCAAUCCCAGCUCAGCCAUCAGAGAGCGUCCCCUGGGCCCCCCUGGGUCAGAUGAGAGUGACUCCCCGUGGCAGCAGAGCUGUGCCCAGGAGGUCUCACGUCCACGCCCAGCAGCAGCACCGGGGGCUGUGCGGGGUGCUCACACCCGUCCCACCCCCAGCCUCCCCUGCUCUACUCCUGACCAAGGAGCACCUCUACCUUCUCAUCGGGGUCCCCCUGGCCUUGCUCCUGUGUCUCCUCCUCCUGCUCCUCUUCUGCCUCCAUCGCCAGCGUCAGAGGAAGCAGGGGCCUCCCGGUGGCAAGGGCCAGUUGCAGAAGCCACAGGAGAGGCUGGGCCUGGCUGUGGACAGCCUGGAGAGGUCACCAGACUUGGCCACGGCUGAUAGACUCCCUGAGAAGGACAGGGAGACCGGAAACCCUGUAAGUCUGCCUGGGUCAUCUCCCGCUGCAUAAGGAAGUCCCCAGAUUAGCAGCCCAGCAACACUGUCCCCAUUUCUUGGGUCAGGACGUUGGGAGCAGCUGAACUGGCUGGUUCUGGCUCAGGUCUCUCAUGACGCUGCAGUAGAGGUGUCCACUAGGUUGCAGGAAUCUGCAGGCCUGCCUGGGCAGGAGGACUCACGUCCAAGGUGGUGUACCCCACAUCCAAGGUGGCACACCCCACAGCAGAUGGCUUACCCAGAGGGAAACCUGGACUGGGAUGGGCAGAGGGCACACUGUCUUCUGUGGCCUCACUGGAGUGACCUGCCACCACUUCUGCCACUUCUGGUGGUCCCACAGAUCAGCCCUGGUACCCUGUGUGCAGGGACUGCAAGAUGAUGUGAUCCAGGAGGUGGGGCCCUGGGAGGUGGCUGCCAUAGUCCCCCACCCCACAGCCCCCACCCUCAUCCAGGGUCCCUCUCCCUCAGGCCCCUGCUGCAAGAGAUCCCCAGGAGGUGACAUAUGCUCAGCUGGACCACGGAGCCCUCACAGAGAGGGCAGCCCGAGCUGGGUCCCCACUGACCCCAGAGCCCAGCACAUAUGCGACCGUUGCCAGACACUGACUCCUGGGCCUGAGGACACUCCAAGCCACUCUUCCAAAAGCCUGAAGCAGCCAUUGGGAGGACUUCUCUUGGACUCAAAGUCAGCCAGUCAGCUCUGCUGGGGACAGCAGCUGGGGCCUGGAGGUCUCUGAGCAGCAUCUGGGAGAUUCAUCCACCAGGUGGCCCCUGCCACAGCUGACCAGCUGUCAGAGAGGCUGUGUCACAGCUACUUCCAGAGACCCAACCUCAGUCCCUGGCUGUUUCCAGAGACCAGAAACCGACGUCUCAUCCUAGGGCUGCUUCCAGAGAACCAGCAAAGGCCACUCCUGGGAUCCCCACCUACUUCAGAGACGGCAUACUGAUGAUGCUCAGUGGUCCCUAACGGCCUCCCUGGGUUCCAGUGCUGACCCUGACUGAGACUGGGCUGCACUCAGGCUGCCCAGAGCUGAGCCGGAUCUCUGGGCCAGACCUCACUUGGUACAUCAAUGGACAUCUUUAAAACAGAACAUCCCAGCCCCGGUGGUCAGGCCAGAGAGGUUCAUGUGGACCCAGUGUCUGCAAUCUCAGCUGUUCAGAGCAGAGUGAGGGCUACGAGGGCUGUCAGUGCUUCCUGUUUUCUGCAGAACAUAUCGAAUUGAGCAAGGCUGCAUAUAUUCGGGGUGUGCGCCAUGAGGACCUGACCCAGGCAUGCGCCCUGUAGAUUUCCAGAAUCAAACCCUCAGCACAGCUGCACCUGCAUGCUGCACGUUAGAUCCCGGGACUUGCUCAUCUGACGACUGGAAGCCGGUCAUGUUUCCUGAUGGAGCAUGAGGGUCGGGGUGGAGAAGGGAGGGGGUCUAAAGGGAGGUGCAGAGGGCAAAGGCUGCCCCACCCACCCCCACCACACUCAUGCACAUCCAGGCACACAGGCACCCCUAACACAUGCCUUCACACACACGGCCCACGCUUCCGUGCACGCACAGGCACAUUGCACACACGCACUCUCACACCCCAGGAAAACCCUGAGUACCUGUGGGAUGGGACCACUCACGGGGUGAGGUGCUCCCGUUUUAGAUUAAAAUAGAACAAUUACCCCGUGGACCACUAGGGGGCGGGAGUGCCUCAUCUUGAUUAAUAUGUGUGUCUGUCUCAAAAAUCAAUCAAUCAAUCAACAAACAAAUAAAUAAAAAUCAAGAAUCCCAAAGGAACGGA